UUUUAUUAUUAUUUCUUACGCUUUGUGGAGAGUCGCUGCAAUGUCGGUUAAUGCGACACUUCCUAUUCAAGGCAUGACUUGUCAGUCAUGUGUCAGAGCCAUUACAAAUGCACUCUCACCUAUUGUAGAAAAAGUCAACGUCGACUUGGAACAUGCCUGCGCAACCGUCAGUUAUGACUCUACACAACUAUCACUGGAAAAAAUCAUUGAAACAAUUGAGGAUUGUGGUUUCGAUGUGCCUAUGGAGACUAAAACACUCUCGUUGACUGUACAAGGCAUGACCUGUAUGUCCUGUGUCAAAUCGAUCACCUUGGCCUGUAAGGCUCUUCAGGGAGUACACUCAGUCGUGGUCAGCUUGGAGGAAAAUAAAGCAACAGUGGAUUACAGGCCUUUGGAGACAACACCUCAAAAGAUUAUGGAAACGAUUGAAGACUGUGGGUUUGAUGUUGCAGAAUAUUCCAAGGACAACCAACAUAAACAAGUUAAAAAUGAAACAAUAGGAGCAGCAAAAAUGACUCAGCUGCAUGUAAGCGGUAUGACCUGUGCAUCUUGCGUCAACAGUAUCGAACGGGGGGUUGGACAAUUAGCAGGUGUUCAGAGCGUUCAAGUCUCCCUCCUUGCUGAAUCAGCAACCGUUCAUUAUGACCCGACCCAGUUACACACAAAUCAGCUCGUGGCUGCGAUUGAGGAUUUAGGAUUUGAGGCUACCGUGCUUACUGAAGAAACCGUCACACCCAUCAAUGACGAAAACAGUUCUAGUGAUGUGAGCCAGCUCCAACUUCAAAUCUAUGGCAUGACCUGUGCCAGCUGCGUCCAUGCGAUUGAAACCGAGGUCAAAAAACUAGACGGCGUGGUAAGCGUGUCUGUCAACUUGAUGACCGAGACAGGCAUCAUUCGCCAUAAUCCCACGGUUGUAGGUGCUCGUGAAAUUGUUCGGGCAAUCGAAGACUUGGGUUUCAACGCACUUGUAUCCGACCGGACCCGAAGGGUACAGCUCGAGAGUUUAUCCAAGGUGCGGGAAAUUCAGCAGUGGCGGAGACUGUUUUUCCAGAGCCUUAUUUUCACCUUGCCUGUGUUUGUGAUUGCGAUGAUAUUCCCUGAAUUUGCCUUUGGCAGAGACUUACUCAACACGCCGACGUACAUCGUUCCAGGUCUCUUUCUUUUUGACUUGAUACAACUCGUCUUGACAAUCCCUGUUCAGUUUUUUAUUGGUAAACGCUUUCUUGUGUCUGCCUACCAGUCUAUGCGCCACGGUGCACCUACGAUGGACGUCUUGGUGGCCAUCUCAACCUUGUCUGCAUUUUCGUUUUCUUUACUCUCCGUCAUACGUUCGGUCCUGAUCGCGUCCCCAGUCCGACCCUCUGUCUUUUUCGAUACCUCAUCCACCUUGAUCUCCUUUAUUCUCCUAGGUCGUUAUUUGGAAAACAUGGCCAAGGGGCAAUCCUCUACUGCGCUGUCUAAACUCAUGUCGCUGACACCCUCCGCUGCCCUCUUGGUGGAGUAUGACAAGGACGAGACGAUUGUAGCCGAGAAACAGAUUCCGUCUGAGCUGAUCCAGAUUGGUGAUUACCUCAAGGUCAUUCCUGGUGCCAAGGUCCCUACCGACGGUAUCUUGGUCUCUGGUCAAUCUUCGGUGGACGAGAGCAUGAUCACGGGUGAGGUCGAUCCUGUAGACAAGACCUCUGGCCAGACCGUGAUCGGAGGCACGGUGAACGGUUUAGGUACCUUUGUGAUGCGCGCUACACGCGUAGGCUCUGAUACAGCCCUCAGUCAGAUCGUCAAGCUUGUCGAAGAUGCUCAGGUGAAUAAGGCUCCCAUCCAAGGCUUUACCGAUAGAGUCGCAGGUGUCUUUGUUCCCUGUGUCCUUCUCUUGGGCGCACUCACUCUCAUCUCUUGGACCCUGCUCGUUGGUUGUCUGGGGGUCAACCGUAUGCCAAGUCUAUUACAGCAUGAGAUACAAAAGGAAGGAAAUGGAAACUGGUUCUUUGUCUGUCUCAAGAUGUGCAUCAGUGUCAUCAUCGUCGCCUGCCCUUGUGCACUUGGUCUUGCUACGCCUACAGCCGUCAUGGUAGGUACGGGCCUUGCUGCGGAACAUGGUGUGAUCUUUAAGGGUGGUGCUGUGCUCGAAACCGGUCAAAGGGUCAACAAGGUCGUCUUUGAUAAAACAGGUACGCUAACGACAGGCAAGGUCGAAGUCGUCAAUUAUCAAGCCUGGGACGGUGCCGAAAAGACAAGACAGUAUAUGUUGGUACUGGCAGCGCUGGCUGAAGCCCAAAGCGAACAUCUCUUGGGUCGUGCUAUUGUGAACAAGGUGAAGGAACUGCGUGGCUUGGAGCCUGAGGCUACUUUGGAUCGUCUCGGAUCUGUAUCUGAAUUUAAGAGCGAGACUGGAUUUGGUAUUGAAUGUUAUGUUACGCUUGAAGGUCAGGACAAGAGACAACAUGUGGUGGUAGGUAAUCAGCGAUGGUUGGAGGACUUCCACGGUAUUGCCAUGACAGAUGACCAAAUGUCGACUGUACGUCAUGAUGCGGCCAAAGGAUUUACCUCGAUUCUGGUUGCUGUGAACGGUGUGCCCUCUGGAUUUGUCUCUGUAUCGGACACGGUCAAGCCUGAAGCUGAGAUGGUGAUUCAGACCUUACACCGUAUGGGUGUCGAUACGGCUAUGGUGACGGGCGAUAAUGCUACGACAGCACACUGUAUUGCUAAAAAACUAGGCAUUACUGAAGUACACGCAGGUAUCUCACCCAACGGAAAGACGGAUAUCGUAAAGGGCAUGCAGAGCCAACUUCGACCUCAGUCUAGAUUCUUGCUUGCACCUAAGCUGGUUCCGACUGUCGUUGCUAUGGUGGGUGAUGGUAUUAACGAUUCGCCUGCGCUUGUUGCUGCUAACUUAGGUAUUGCCUUAUGCAGUGGUACGGAUAUUGCUAUGGAAGCUGCUGAUGUUGUCCUCAUGAGAGCUGAUCUGACGGAUGUCAUUGUGGCUCUUGAUUUGUCCAAGUCGAUUUUCAAGCGGAUCAAACUAAAUCUGCUAUGGGCUUGCAUUUACAAUAUUAUUGGUAUUCCCCUUGCCAUGGGCAUCCUCAUACCCUUUGGUAUUCACCUUCACCCUAUGAUGGCAGGCAUGGCUAUGGCUGCAAGUUCAACCAGUGUGGUCUUUAGCAGUCUCAUGCUCAGAUGGUUCUGGCGUAAACCGUCCUUGGAUGAACAAGACAAGGUAAAGAUAAGCAAAUUCAGAUUGCUUAUAAGAAAGCUGUUUCAAGUGGAUGGCCGUAGCAAAGGAGUGUAUCAACCACUACAGAGCAGUCAGUCAGAUUAUGACUUGGAAAGCUUAACACCCACAUCACCACGACAUUAAUUGUAUAUUUCUUUCAUUAAUUGUAAACAUAAUCCAAUUCCCUUUCUCUUAUAUAAAUUUCUUACACUAUUUUUUUUUUUAAUAAAUGAAGCCAGAAU